GGCAGUUGUAAAGGCUGAAGCAUCCUUCAGGAGAAUAUCCUCACAUUUGUUUGUUUCUCAGGCUUGGUUUUCGGUUCUUGUUUUCUUUGCUAAUUUCUCAAACUCAUGAUCAAUCCCUUUCCACUUCAAGAAUUGCUAUCUUCCAAGAUUUUUUAAUUGGUUCACAUAACUAAUUGAUUCCUCUACUUUGCUUCCUUCCAACCUUAGAGGAGGGCUUAAGGGAAAUUGUGAUGUUUGUCAAAAAGUGAAAGAUGCCCUUCCCAUUAAUCAGAAUUGCAUUUUUUUGCCUCCAAGUCGGUGCCCUUACAAAAAUAUUGAAAGAAGAGUGGAAGUUUAAGUAUUGUUCAUAGGAUAUUUGAUUCCAGUUUGGAUAUUGUUUUUAAAAAUCAUAUUCUUCUCUUGGUGAAUCAGGUUUUGAUCAGCAUAUAAGGGAGAAGGGAGGAAGGUAGAGAACAACUGUUACUUUAUGCAGUUCAGAUGGCAGGGAUGGGUUAUGAAGCAAAAUACCUUGACACCAAUAAUAUUUUGAAGAUCUUUGCAGCUGAAGGGGUUGAGUUCCUUUUGUCCUGUGAAGGGAAGGUACCUUUGUCAGAAUGCAAUGGAAAAACCAUCUGCCUAUUUUUCUCUGCAAACUGGUGCAGGCCUUGUAGAGCAUUCAUCCCCCAUCUGGUUGAACUUUAUGACACACUGAAAGAGAGAGACAAGAGUGUAGAGAUCAUUUUUGUCUCCUUUGACCAUGAUGAGAAUGGAUUUAAAGAACACAUUAAGAGUAUGCCAUGGCUAGCUGUCCCAUUUGAUGCAAAUUUGCACAGAAGGUUGAUUGAUAGAUAUGGAGUUAAGCGAAUCCCAUCCUUCAUUCCUUUAUCCUCUGUUGGCAUAAGGGUUGAAGAAGACUUGAUUGGUUACAUUGAAGAUUAUGGUGUUGAUGCAUUCCCUUUCACAAGAAAUAGAUGUGAGGAAUUGAAAGCCAUAGAUGAAAGAAAGCGCAAUGAGGCAAAUUUGGAAGAAUUACUGACACAUGAAGGACGCAACUUUCUCAUCUCUGGAGAUGAUAGAAAGGUACAUGUAUCUGAACUCACAGGUAAAACAAUAGGCCUCUAUUUUUGUGCAUACUGGUCUCCUCCUUGUAGUGCCUUCACUGUCCAACUUACAGAUGCAUACAACCAACUCAAGACAGCAAAAGACCACUUAUUUGAGGUUGUUUUGAUCUCCACAGAUAGAGACCAUAAGGAAUUCAAUGUCAACAUAAGUACUAUGCCAUGGCUUGCUGUCCCAUAUGAGGACAGAGCAAGGCAUGACCUUUGUAGAAUCUUUGAUAUCAAAGGAAUACCAUCGUUAGUCAUCAUUGGACCAAAUGGUAAAGUCAUUAGUAUGAAUGGGAAGUUUAUGGUCUCAGUAUAUGGGGCAGAAGCUUUCCCCUUUACCGAAGCAAGGAUAAGGGACCUUGAAGUAGCUCUGAGGGAGGAAGGAAAGGCUUUGCCACAACAAGCUGAGGAUGUGAAGCACGAACAUGUACUUAAAUUGGAUAUGGCCAAAGCAUAUAUGUGUGAUUUCUGUAAAAUGAAGGGGAAAUUCUGGGCAUUCUCUUGUGAUGUCUGUGACUAUGACCUUCACCCAAGUUGUGUAGAAAAGGUCAACAUAAAUGAAAGAUUGUAAACAAUGUAUCACAUUAAGUUUUGUAUGGACUUGUUACUUUUUUUGUAGUGAUGGAAUUGAAGAACCUGUAGAACACAAGAAAACUUCAUAUAAUCAAUAUGUUAUUU